AGAAUGGCAUUGAAAAUCAUUAGGCCAUAGAUGAAAUUUAUUCUGUUUACGAAACAGCUUCCAUAGAGACUGCACUUCCAGCUCUUGUUGUUCCCAUCUUGGAGCCCUGUGGUAAUUCGGAAUGUCUGCACAUUUUUGUAGACUUGCAUUCUGGAAUGUUUCAAUUGAUGCUUUAUGGACUUGACCAGGCUACUCUGGAUGACAUGGAGAAGUCCGUGAAUGAUGACAUGAAACGGAUCAUUCCCUGGAUCCAGCAACUUAAGUUUUGGCUUGGACAACAGCGUUGCAAACAGUCUAUAAAACAUCUGCCUACAAUAAGCAGUGACACAUUGCAGCUUUCCAAUUAUUCAACUCAUCCGAUUGGAAACCUUUCUAAAAAUAAGCUAUUUAUUAAACUUACCCGCCUUCCACAAUACUACAUUGUUGUGGAGAUGUCGGAGGUUCCAAAUAAACCCACACAACUGUCAUACAAGUACUACUUCAUGUCUGUGAAUGCUGCAGAUCGUGAAGACAGCCCUGUCAUGGCACUGCUGCUGCAGCAGUUCAAAGAAAACAUCCAGGAGUUGGUUUUUCAUACAAAAACCGGGAAACAGACCAGAACUGGUACCAAGCGCAGGUUGUCUGAUGAUUCAUGUCCAGUAGAAUUCAAGAAAACCAAACGAGCAGGAGAAAUGUGUGCCUUCAAUAAAGCUCUAGCUCACUUUGUUGCCAUGUGUGAUACAAAUAUGCCAUUUGUAGGACUUCGGUUGGAGUUGUCCAAUCUGGAGAUUCCACAUCAAGGAGUACAAGUGGAAGGUGAUGGCUUCAGCCAUGCAAUUCGCUUAUUAAAAAUUCCUCCCUGUAAGGGUGUAAAUGAGGAAACCCAAAAGGCUCUGGACCGCUCUCUCCUUGAUUGCACUUUCCGAUUACAAGGUAGAAAUAACCGCACGUGGGUGGCAGAGUUAGUGUUCGCAAAUUGUCCACUUAAUGGCACUUCUACCAGGGAGCAAGGACCAUCCCGGCAUGUUUACUUAACAUAUGAAAAUCUGUUGUCUGAACCUGUUGGUGGUAGAAAAGUGGUUGAAAUGUUUCUUAAUGACUGGAAUAGCAUUGCACGAUUAUACGAGUGUGUGUUGGAAUUUGCACGUUCUCUACCAGACAUACCUGCUCAUCUAAAUAUUUUCUCAGAAGUUCGUGUUUAUAAUUACCGAAAACUUAUCUUGUGUUAUGGAACCACCAAGGGAAGUUCAAUUAGUAUCCAAUGGAAUUCCAUACAUCAAAAAUUUCACAUUUCUUUGGGAACUGUUGGCCCAAACUCAGGUUGCAGUAACUGUCAUAAUACCAUUCUCCAUCAGCUUCAAGAAAUGUUCAACAAAACACCAAAUGUGGUUCAGUUAUUACAGGUACUGUUUGAUACUCAGGCUCCAUUAAAUGCCAUCAACAAACUCCCCACUGUGCCGAUGUUGGGCUUGACCCAGAGGACCAAUACUGCCUACCAGUGCUUCUCCAUUCUGCCACAGUCUUCCACCCACAUCAGACUGGCCUUCAGGAACAUGUAUUGCAUUGAUAUAUACUGCCGGAGUAGAGGUGUUGUGGCAAUACGGGAUGGUGCCUAUAGUCUUUUUGAUAACAGCAAGUUAGUUGAAGGUUUUUAUCCCGCACCAGGACUAAAGACAUUCCUGAAUAUGUUUGUUGACAGCAAUCAGGAUGCCCGAAGAAGGUCUGUAAAUGAGGAUGAUAAUCCCCCUUCUCCAAUAGGAGGAGAUAUGAUGGAUUCUUUAAUAUCACAACUCCAGCCACCAUCCCAGCAACAGCCAUUUCCAAAGCAGCCAGGAACAUCAGGCGCUUAUCCUCUUACUUCACCCCCUACAUCUUAUCACAGCACAGUUAAUCAGUCUCCCUCUAUGAUGCACACACAGUCUCCAGGAAAUCUGCAUGCUGCCAGCUCCCCCAGUGGGGCUUUGAGAGCCCCAUCACCAGCGUCAUUUGUUCCAACUCCUCCCCCAUCCUCGCAUGGAAUCUCAAUAGGACCAGGGGCCAGUUUUGCUAGUCCACAUGGAACUCUUGACCCUAGUUCCCCCUACACUAUGGUGUCACCAAGUGGUCGAGCAGGGAAUUGGCCAGGGUCUCCUCAAGUGUCUGGCCCCUCACCAGCAACACGCAUGCCGGGAAUGUCACCAGCCAACCCAUCACUACAUUCUCCAGUUCCAGAUGCCUCUCAUUCCCCUCGAGCUGGAACAAGUUCCCAAACAAUGCCAACAAACAUGCCUCCACCUCGUAAACUACCUCAGCGCUCUUGGGCAGCGUCCAUACCUACCAUCCUCACUCACAGUGCCUUGAACAUUUUACUGCUGCCCUCUCCAACUCCAGGCCUCGUGCCUGGCCUGGCGGGUAGUUACCUUUGUUCACCGCUUGAGAGAUUCCUUGGAUCAGUCAUCAUGAGACGACAUCUUCAAAGAAUUAUUCAACAAGAAACGCUGCAGCUGAUAAAUUCCAAUGAACCCGGAGUGAUCAUGUUCAAGACUGAUGCACUGAAAUGCAGAGUAGCCCUUAGCCCCAAAACCAACCAAACGCUUCAGCUAAAAGUGACACCUGAAAAUGCAGGACAGUGGAAACCUGAUGAACUUCAAGUUUUGGAGAAAUUCUUUGAAACAAGAGUUGCAGGACCACCAUUUAAAGCCAAUACGUUAAUAGCCUUCACCAAGCUGUUAGGAGCUCCUACACACAUCCUCAGGGACUGUGUGCAUAUUAUGAAGCUAGAGCUGUUCCCUGACCAGGCAACACAGCUAAAAUGGAACGUUCAGUUUUGCCUGACGAUCCCUCCCAGUGCACCGCCGAUUGCACCUCCUGGGACACCUGCUGUGGUGCUAAAAUCCAAAAUGCUGUUUUUUCUUCAGUUAACUCAGAAAACAUCAGUCCCUCCCCAAGAACCUGUUAGUAUUAUAGUUCCAAUCAUUUAUGACAUGGCUUCUGGUACAACCCAGCAGGCAGACAUUCCCAGACAGCAGAACUCUUCUGUUGCUGCUCCCAUGAUGGUCAGCAACAUUUUGAAGAGGUUUGCAGAGAUGAAUCCACCACGACAAGGUGAAUGCACAAUAUUUGCAGCUGUUCGUGAUUUAAUGGCUAAUCUUACACUGCCCCCUGGUGGGCGUCCAUAAACACUAUUGUUUUUAAACCAGGAAGGCUGACAAAUGAGACAAAACAACAAAAAAAAAAAUAUGAAUUCAGCCUUCAGUUUAAAAAAGAAAAAAGGACUCUUUUUGCUUUAAGACUUAAAUAUUCUAAACUGGCAAAAAUUUUCAGGGUGCACUUCUUUCAUCAAAAAGACCAUCAAUCUUUUGUAUAGUGAACUUGUAUAGUGUGUUUAAAUGGGACACAUUUCAAACUAGGUAAUACAUCAGUGUCCGCUUGCCAGUAAUAGAUUUAAUAUUGUUUUAUACUAUAAAGUUAUGAAAUUGCCAAACUUGUUUAUUUAAUUGUUUUCCUAUGUUUUGGGUGUAAUAGUCCUUUUUUGGUUUUUGGUUUUUGUUUUGUUUUUUAAGGCAGGUCUGUCAUUUUUGAAUACUGUAAAACUGUGGUAAACUUUAUAUUGAAGCUGUAUUUUAAUAUGACCGCUUUGACUCCUUACAUGAAAAUGUUCUGGGAGGUGUUAUAAACACAUCCCAAAGAAGCAAUAUUUAAUAAAACUAGGUUAAAAAACAAACAAACAAACAAAAAAAAAAAAAAACAAAAAAACAGUGACAGUCACUUGUGUGUGUAUAAGCUCUAUAGACUUCUCAGGGCCUCCCUUCAUCUUUAACCUGGUGGGGCCAGUAAUUAAUUCUAAUAGUACAUGUCUGAAAUUUGACCAAAAACAUCUUUGUUUCAAGGUUAAUUUAUUUUCUUUAUUCCUAACUUGAUUCGUGGUUAACAAUUAGCACCUUGGUUGUCUUUCAGUGUAGGAUUUGGGUAUAAAAGAAAGAACUUAGUCUUUGAGAAGAGACAGUAAAUGGUUCAAAUUGAUCUAUGAUCUGUCCCAAAUAAUGCAAAUGUUGUCAUCUGUUGAGGAUGUGGGAACUUUUCUAUUAGGUGAAUUUAGUUUACAGGAUAUUUCUGCAUACAGCAUUAAUUAGGAAUCAAAGAACUUUCAUGCUGUACUCUUGCAUGAAGUUUCUGUGAUGUUUCUUUAUCUUGCUUAACUUCUCCUCUUUGCUUUCCCCCCCAAAAUUAGGGUGGUUCUAAAGAAUCUCGAUUUAAUUCAUUAUCAACAAAAUGAUAGAAUGUUUUGCUUGGAAGAAACCUGAUCCAGUCCCCUCAUUUUGAAGAAUCCAAGAUCCAAGGCCUGUCCAGGGUCAUAUGGAGUUUCUGAUACUGACACAUCUCAGCAGGGUUUCUUUUUGGAGCACUAUGCUGUCUCUCCCAGUCAGUCAGGGACUUCUUAGGCUUCGAAGAACAUGAUCUGAAGCAAAGGUCUUCUGGUGACUUGAUGUUAUUUGGAAAAGUUUUUAAAAUAAUAAUACCUGAUCACUGUAAUACUGGUUCUCCAUUAAAUUUUAAUGCUUUGUUUAAUUCUA